GACGAGAUAAGAGCGCAGAUGCCGAAGCUCCGGUAGUCUCCGCACAGCAGCCGCAGUGGCUUCUCGGGAGGGUCAACACAUUGCAGCAGAAUAGAGGACUCCUAUGGACGUGCUUAGGCUUCACGGGCUGGUGUUUUCCCUGCUACUAAUCGAAGCAUCAAGCGCAAUUCCUCAGGCGCCACCUUGUACAGUGCCUCCACCAGAGCUUCCGAAUGGCACUUGCAUCCCAGUGCCGGAGCAACGCAUGGCCUUGUACAAUUGCUUGGAGGGCUUCUGGAUCAGUGGUUCCGAAAGCCUCACCUGCGUAACGUCAAGUGACGGCAACGACAUUUGGCUGCCUGAGGAUUGGCCUCAGUGUCAUCUCAUUGAGGAAUGCCCUGACAUAGAACUGGAAAACGGCUACUACGAUGGUGAUUGCUGUGCACCUGGUGACGAGGCCUUUUUCUUUUGCAACGACGAAGAACGCUACAGGCUGUUGGGAGAAAAAUCGGCUGUCUGCCUUCAGAGCGGUAACUGGAGCGCUCCGAUACCUACAUGUCAAGAUACCUAUUGCAAAGACCCCGGGACGAGCGAGAAGGGUAUUCGAUACCUCUUCAAAGGAAGCACGCUCUACGACGACUGUUCACCCGAUGGUUGCGCCCCUGAGAUUGUCGCUUCCUACCUGUGUGACGAAAACUUCGAGCUGGUGGGCGAGAGGACCAUUACUUGCACCGAGAACGGGACUUGGACUCAUACAAGGCCAAAGUGCCGGCCACACAGUUAUUGCGACGAUUUCCACGUCGUGAACGGUGAAGUUUUCGGCGAACGCUCUGGGGGCGAGUACUUCACACCUGGAGACAGUGCCUUCAUCACCUGUGCACCAGGAUAUCGCGUCAACGGAACAGAUCAACUGUACUGCGAAGAGGAGGGUUUUUGGGACGACGACGUGCCUACUUGCGUUGAGUCUACCUGCACUCGCUUCGAGCCCGCUCCGCACCUCAUCGUUUAUGAGUUCCUGAAUGACAACAGAACUUCAUUUGCCGAGGGAACAGCCAUAAACUUCAAUUGCGAGGUUGGUUACCAACUGCGUGGGGCAGUCUUCAGCACUGUGUGCAAAAAUGGCGGCUGGAUCGGCCGGCUGCCCAAAUGCGAAGAGAUCCGCUGUGGUCCUCUGAGGGCCCCUGUGCACGGGUCGAUGAGAGGCAAUUACUCUACGGCAGUAGACGCCACAGUUGAGUUUGGCUGCUUUCAAGGAUACACACUGCUGGGUCCGAGCAGACGCACGUGUGGUUUUAAUGGCCAAUGGGAUGGCGAGCCGGUACGCUGCAUAUCCAACGCACUGUUGGCAUCACAGCGUCGUAAUGGUUGCGAGGACCCAGGCACUCCCGACAAUGGUGUCCGAUACGGAAGGCCUUCGUACUCUGUUGGUAGCCAUAUCAAGUUCGCCUGCAACCCUGGAUACUACAUGCGGGGGAACGACACCAUACGCUGCGAAGAAAAUCGACAAUGGUCAGCUCGUAUCCCACUAUGUCUCGGAAAAUUUUACUACGACACGCCACGUUCCGUGAACAAUAUCAUUACACAGGAGGUGGGCGCUAUUUCUAAGCCGGCCAACACUACUGUCAUCGACAAUGGCAAAGCAGAAGGACGGACUAUCAAUUUAAAUAAGGAGAAUGUGUACCCGCAUUAUGUGUACUUCCUCUUUGAUGGCUCCACAAGUAUUGGACAGAAGAACUUCCGGACAGGAAUCAGCCUGGCGAAAGCCAUUACCCGAAAGCUCAACGUGAACCACACCGAACAUCGUGUCGGCGCCAUUGUUUUUAAUAAAACCGCCGAAUGGGGAAUUCGUCCUGACGAGAAUGCAAAUGAGGAAAAUGUGCUUAAAAAAUUUGACGCACUGAAGUUUACGAGUGGCGGCACAUCCAUCAGUGCAGCGCUGAAACUGUUGACAGAGAGCAUUGCGCGCACCAGACACAAGAACCGAGCCAUAAAGUUCGCCGCAUUUCUUAUUACAGAUGGUAAAGCGAACAUUGGGGGAGGUGCGGAGAAGGAUGCCGAUAUGCUGAAGAAGCAGUAUGGUGUGGACGUAUAUUGCAUAGGCAUCACGGGAGCACUGCACAUGGAAACGUUAAACAAGAUUGCCUCCAAACAAGAGAACGUCUUCGUACUGCGAAACUACGAUUCCCUACAAUGGCUGGCCGACACAUUGACAAAUGGCACUAUCGAUUACAGUGUAUGCGGUGUCAGCUACAGCCACGAUCCAGAGACUGGACUCGACGUCGAUGACAGAAAGGCUGAAGGGCGCAUUCUUGGUGGGACUCAGGUUGUGACCGUUUGGCCUUGGAUGGUGGAGAUAGGCCUCGUGGGAGAAAGUGAAGCAUUGUGUGGUGGUACCAUAAUACAUAAGAAGUUCGUGCUCACGGCUGCCCACUGCAUGCAUUCAAAGAACGCCACAAGGAACGAGUUCACUGCCGGGAACCUGCGGCUGCGGGCGGGACUCAUCGCUCGGAAUGUCAAAAACGUGACGAAACUUCAAGUGCAGCGCAUCAUCAUGCACGAGCAAUACAAUCGCCUGAACGAUACUUUCCACAACGACAUCGCCCUACUGCAGCUAAAAGAAGAAAUCUCCUUCGUGCGUGAUGUACGUCCCAUCUGUUUGCCACCCCCUAAAGAUCAAAUGCGAGGGAAGGUUUUUUACAAGAAAGAUGCGACUGCCUUUGUCAUCGGUUGGGGUGAGGACGGAAUCCGUAAAGGGAAGUCGAGAAGCCACUUGAUGCAGUUGGAAACAAAAAUUGCUUCUUGUUCAAGUAACGCACCAAACCUCCACGAAGGAAUGAUGUGCUCCAGUUCAAGCAAAGGCGACGUAUGCAAUGGCGAUAGCGGUGGUCCACUUAUGCAGGGUGUUCACAGCGAUGAGAAAAUAUGGACGCAGGUGGGCAUUGUCAGCUGGGGUAAAGGAGCCUGCAGUAAGAACAAAACCUCAUACUACACGGACGUCUCUUUCUACAUCAAAUGGAUUCAGAGCCACAUCACGAAUGCUAGUAUACCCGCAGCCCCCAAGGAAGCUCCAUAAGCCGCUUCUGCAGCCACGGCAGUGGUGUGACCGGCGGCGUCAGCCUGGGAAUGAAUUGCGGCCUGCCAUCCUUGUGAAGUUUCGUUGUAUUAGAAGUUUAUGAGAUUUAUAUACAUGUACAAUACAAAAUAUGGCAAUGGCAAUAUAUUUGAUGACAGAUACACGAACGAAUCAAUACAACCCUGGCUUUCCUUUGCCUAGUUACUUUGAACGCUACGAGCAGUUAUAGUGAACUUCAACUCUUGCACGCCUGUCUCUGCUAUUUCUGGGUAUAUUGCCGCGCGACUUGAUUUGUAGCCUUAUAGGAUGGCAGUGCAAUGAAUGCUAGAAGGUGAGAUCGAGUUAAGUUUCUCUUUUUAAAAAAGUAUAUCAAUCAGAAUUCGGCACUAAGAAAAAAAUCAGUGAUUGUAUUCUCAUCUGCAGUUUCCUGCACUUUUUCGCAUGCUAAGCUAUGUUAUUCAGGUACUGUACUGUUUAGUGAUGGCAGAACCUUGAAUAUAACAACAACAAUAUCGCAGAAACAAAACCAACAGCAGCGCGAACAAAAUAAAAGAACUCGGAAUAAUUAAAAGGUUGGA